AACACAAAUUCGGCCAAACUUUAUUACGUGAGCUCGGGCGAAAAGGAUAGAGGAAAAAGAAAUACUCGCGAAAUUUGUAACCCUAAACCCCGAAAUUCCAAUCGGGAUUUCUGUAAUUGCAAGGGAAAUUUCAUAUCUCUCUACACAUUACACAUUACACAUUACAUAUUACAGUCUACAUUCAUAUCCAUCCAAAUAUUCAAGCCACUCUUCGACGAAACAGAUUGAAGGUUUCUUUCCACAAUUCCAAUAAUUUGAAGGUGCCUAAAUUAAUUUAAGAAAUGACGAACGAGAAAGGAUUCGCUGCUUAAUUGUUGAACCUCAUUGUAGAGAGAAUGAGGGAAGCUGAUGUGGGUCAACCAGCAGAAACAUCUGGUUCUCGAUGCACCAGAUCACAUUUACAAGCAGCAGCUGUGUGGACUGUACAAGAUAUGCGUAUUCUUGUUAAUGAAAUUGCUGCUGUUGAAGGGGACUGUCAAAAUGCCCUGUCAACUCAUCAGAAGUGGACAAUAAUAGCAGAAACUUGUACUGCGCUGGGAGUAGUAAGAAAUGCAAACCAGUGCCGCAGAAAGUGGGAAUCCUUGGUUGCUGAUUACAAUCUUCUCAAGGAAUGGAAAUCAAACUCUGGGAGUGAUUCUUACUGGUCUCUUAGAUUUGAAAGGAGAAAAGAAGCUGGCCUUCCUUUGGAUUUCGACAGAGACCUGUAUAAAGCAAUAGAGGAUUUCAUGAAGGCACCAGAUAGAGCCGAUACAGACCCAGAAAGUGAUCCAGAAGCUAGAGACAUUGAUUUGCUUGAUGCGGAGGAAUCUGGCCCCAAACCCAAAAGGCGAAGACGUUGGUCAGUCCCUCAGAAAUGGUUAGCUGAAGAAAGGAAAGAGAUUGUGUUAGAGGCGGAGCCUGUGAAGCUAGAGCCUCCAGUUGUUGAAAACUUGGAACAAAUCUUGGCUGCAAAACUUAUGGAGAACACAGAACUGAUUGAUGCCAUACUUGCAGGAAAUUUUAAUGAAAUUAUAGAUGAAGAUUUAACUCAUGGAGAUGAGGAGGCCUUAAAGAUCGAAAGGGUGAGACAUAAAGCUGAUAAGCUUGUUGCAUGCCUCGGAGAUCUUGCCAAUAAUCUGGAACACCUUUGUGGCGUUGUUGAGAAACGCUAACAAAGCACCUCUGACCUCUGUAUUUCAGUGCUAACUGACUAAAUCUUGUAGGUUUAGAGACCUUAUUGAUAAUGGUAAAGCAAUUUUGUUGGCAGAUGUUUCUAAUUUUUGGUAUCUAGUUGUAUAGGACUUGGUCAUAUUUGGCUUUUGUACCUAAAGUUAAAAAGUGUGCCAAUUUUACAUGUAGAUUUGUGAAAGAGUUCUGAUGUUGAAAAACAUUUCUCCAUUUUCUAACUAGUGUAUGCAUUAGAUAUUAAGGCAUUAUUCUAGUCUUGAGAAAUUUGCGUCAAAUAUCAAAUAAAACGGGAGUUCAUUGC